AUGUCGACCCGCAAGACUUCCGACAUUACACUCUACACGGCUCAGACGCCCAAUGGGAUUAAGAUUUCCAUUUUGCUGGAGGAGCUAGGUCUCCCAUACCGUGUCGAAAACAUUGGCAUCAGCACGAAUAGACAAAAGGAGCCAUGGUUCUUGGAAAUUAACCCAAACGGGCGCAUUCCUGCCAUCACUGACACUUUCACUGAUGGCCAGAAGAUCAACGUUUUUGAGAGUGGCUCUGUUAUGAAAUAUCUUGUGGAUCAAUAUGACAAGGACCACAAAGUCUCAUACCCGACAGGGACCAGGGAAGACUAUGAAGUGAACAACUGGCUCUUUUUCAUGAACUCAGGCGUAGGCCCAAUGCAGGGCCAGGCAAACCAUUUCUAUCGCUACGCGCCGGAAAAGAUUCAGUAUGGCAUCAACCGGUACCAGAACGAGACGCGCCGUCUCUACCGCGUUUUGGACACGCAUCUCAAGGAGAAGUCAAAAUCUGGGUACUUGGUGGGUGACCGGUGUACUAUUGCCGACAUUGCACACUGGGGAUGGGUCGCCGCGGCGGGAUGGGCCGGCGUCGACAUUGAAGAGUUUCCACACCUCAAAGCCUGGGAGGAGAAGUUGCUAGCGCGCCCAGGAUUUGAGAAGGGUAGACAUGUACCUUCACCACACACGAUCAAGGAAAAGAUCAAGGAUCAAGCUGCUGCUGCACGCGAGGCUGAGAAGGCAAAGCAAUGGAUUCAGGCGGGUAUGAAGGAGGAUGCACAGAAAUGA